AUGACAGAUACCUCCUCCCUCGCCAUCACGCACGCCACAACGGAUUCCUAUCCGGUCCACGCCCAUCGCGGGUCCCCCGCCGCCGUCGACGGCGCCGCCUCCGACUCCGGCGCACCCGAUGAAGAACCUUACACCAUCAAAUGCAUUUGCUCGUUCGAUGAAGAUGAUGGUAAUACGGUUUUCUGCGAAGGGUGCGAGACAUGGCAGCAUAUUCUGUGCUACUACCCGGACAAGAAAGUACCAGAUGUGCACAACUGUGUCGACUGCGAGCCACGGCCCCUUGACAACCGUCGUGCCCACGAACGACAACGGCUGCGGCGGAUCCGAGAGAAAAGCGAGGACGGUGACCGGAAACCAAGACGCUCUGGCCCCAAAACAAACAAGAGAAAGUCCAAUGAUGCCGAUGGGAAUGCCUUCGGUCAUAGGCGACAUGAUUCGAGUUCCCGUGAACAGCCACCAGCCAAGAGAGCAAGGAUGUCUCGCCGCCCAUCGACUUCAAUGAGUGGUAUAUCGGCUCCCCCGGGUCUAUCGGCUGAAUCGCGAAACCGUCGGUCCUCCACCUCAGUUGCAAUGAGCCCGACAAGCACCCCUGGUCCUUCUAUCCCUUACUACUCGGACGAAUUUCUCUCUCUUUACGACCACGAUGAUCAAUUUAUUGAAUCGAAGAGUAUUCUCAAUUACGGCGUGGAUUUUGUCAAUGAAAUUGUGGCAUGGCUGAAGGACCCUCAGAUCUUAGCGCGAGUUGCCGAUGGACUCAGUGUGGAAGACUUCGCCAAACGGUCCGAAGAGGCCAUGGAUCGGUCUCGCUGGCCCUCGUUGAUGACAGAAACCAUUACGGACUCGACAAUUGAGAUCAACGGUAAACACCCCGUCCACAAGAUCUUGAAGACACGAGAUCAAAUUGAAAAGGACGAUAUUGUCGGUGAAAUCUUUGGCAAAUUAGGCCACGUCAAAGAUUACAAAAAGCUCGACAGCAGCCGAUGGGAGGAAUUGGGGCACGCCAUGCCUUUUGUGUUCUUCAACCGGCAGCUGGACUUGUACAUCGACAGUCGUCAGGAGGGAAACGAGCUCCGCUACGUCAGGCGGGCAUGUGAGGCCAACGUGAACUUGAAGAUCUACAUCACCAAUGGCCGGGAGUACCAUUUUUGUUUCGUUGCUAAAAAGCAAAUCCCUGCAAACUCAGAAAUUACCACCAUGUGGUAUUUCGACCACUCUUUCUUUCCCGCCGACGCAACAGCUAAGGAGGAGCUUAAAGAUAGGGUGGUCGAUCCGAAGGACGCCGCUAUUUGCAUUAGUACCACAUUGGCCAACUUCGGUGGAUGUGCUUGCAGAAACCCUCAAGCCUGCGUACUGAACAAGCUUGAUCGUCGCGCGAAGCCAGGGGGCCCUACCAACAAACACGCCAAGCCGAAACCGAAGGGCAAGGGCAAGGGCAAGAAGCCAAAAUCCCUCGGUCUUCCCACUGACAGCGGUCGCGCCGGUAGCGAGACUACCAAGCAUCCUGACGAGAAUGACCCCGCAGCCGACGCCCGAUCAACUUCUGGUUCUGCGCGUGGUCGACACACUGGCAGUCGUGAUCUCAGCCCCACGGCGUCGCAGCAGCUAACACUGCCAGAGCUCUCUAGUCGCGAAAGACGCAAGAUAGCGGAUGCCGAAAAGCAGUUCCAGCAGCUAGAGCAGUCUAAACCCGUCAAUCCCAAAAGGAAAAAGCGUUCUAGUGGCCCUGCGGCACAUUCCACCCCUGCAACGGUCUCAAGCUCCACCCAAACUGGUUACGACUUCAAACCUUAUCACGAGCCUGGCCCGUCUCGAUCCUCUGAGAUGGCAGGAUCAUCAUCCCGGCGUGAUGUUGCUUAUGUCGACGCUGAAAUCCAACUUGACGAGGGUGACAUUGAAAUCGAUUUUUUGCUUGAAGCACGUCGGAAGCGAGGAUACGAACUCGGCCAGAUCUCUCAUAUGGUUAUGCUUAAGGCUCGGUGGUGUGCGGGACUUCACGUCAGACUGGACUGUGAUCAGCGAGAUGCAUGGUAUGCCGGUGACUUCAGUGUCGUGCCCCCUGGAGUUCUCCCCUGGUGGUACACUUUUUUCCCGCUCCCAAUCGACGACAGGUCUCAUAUUGAGGUGCUCAGCCAAGAUUGCGAAUUGAUGGGAAUAGUUCCUGGUAACGGCCCCAUCGCGGUGCCCCUUCGGUGGUCUUUCCACCAGUCCAAGUAUCCCCAGCCCGAACUCAAAUACAAUGGGAUCCCGUUGAGAGGAAUCCACAUUGACCCUCCCGCGCGACGCGUCGAAGGCGACGUUGACAUUCGGGGCGCUAUCUCAUACAAACUGGAAUCACCCGCAUCUGUGUCUACCAGUGAUCCAUCUAAGUCGUCAGUUCUGCCUUAUUGGCCAUCUACUGCGGCGCAUACCUUUAGGAUUCCUGGGCCUGGCAAGCGCGGCAAUUUGCAUGGUUCCAUGCCACCACCACGGGCCUCGAACCUCCAGUCAGCGCUUAGUCCUAGUUCCAUGUCGACAGGGAGUCUCGCAUCACCUAGUUCUCAUGACACGGCUUCCCCAAUCUCUCUCGUGCCAUCUUCUGGCUCUGCACUCGCAGCCACACCUGCCAAGAAGAAACUCAGUCUGGGUGAUUAUCUGAUUCGACGUGGCACCAUGACGACUACCCCAACUUCGGAACCAACUCCUGCCCCAGCUCCUCCCCCAGCUCCUGGUCCGCUUCAUAGCGAAACUCGUAUGCGCACCCAACAUUUUCUAGCCAUCACGACGGUCUUCGGUGAUAAUCAUCAACCUCCUCCGCGCAGGACCGAAGCUGGAGGUGACAAGAACGAGCCCUCCGACUCUCACGAUAUCUCUAUGGAGGAUGCACGGGAGACAACGCCCACCAAAAACCCGUCUAUCUCUUCGUAA